AUGGCAACCUCCACCCCCUCCUUCGAAUACAACAUCUCCUUCACGACCCCCGCCAACCCACCGUCCUGUGAGCCCAAGCUCACGGCAAAGGAUCUUUGGACCGGCAUCGCCCGAGUGGCAGAUGCUCCCCAGGAAUAUGCGCCGUACGUCUCCAAGUGCGAGGUGCUCUCGCGCAACGGCCACGCUCUCGAGCGCAAACUGACCAUGGCCAACGGGGCGGUCCACAAGAGCGACGGGGAGAUCAUGUAUCAAGAUGUGGAAGCAAGAACCAAGGAUACAGGCGCAAAGACUACCUUCUUGCUGUCCUACCACGACACGGCAGCCGUGAGCCCCGAAUCGACGGAUAUCAGCUUUACGGUGAUCUACGAGCUGAAGCUGACCGGGAUCGAGCCUGGUAGUCCCGAGGCGGAACGCAUUCAGGCGGAAUACCCCGAGUUGACGCGCAAGGCCUGCACCUCGACGGUGGAGCAGAUUCGGGAACGGAAGAAGAAUGGGCAGUUGGACGCCUGGGCUCAGGCUGGUGAAGUUCCCGCCUGGUGA